AUGAUGAGGACAGCGGGAGCAAUCACCGUCACCGGACUCCUCCUCACCCUACUGAGCGACCCGGGGCAGGCGCUCCGACCCGGGGAGUGUGAGGUCUGUGUCUCGUUUCUGAACCGAUUCUACCAAUCCCUGAAGGAGAAGGAUGUGGAGUUCUCAGCGGCCGCCGUGGAUAAGGCGCUCCUGAAGGCGUGCGACGAGACGAAGGGCAAAGAGAACAGAUUUUGUUACUAUAUUGGGGCCACCAGUGAUGCCGCCACGAAGAUCACCAACGAGGUCUCGAAGCCGCUCAGCAAUCACAUUCCUCCAGAGAAGAUCUGCGAGAGGCUGAAGAAGAAAGACGGACAGAUCUGUGAGCUGAAAUAUGACAAGCAGAUUGAUCUGAGCACGGUGGACCUGAAGAAGCUGAGGUGAAGGAUUGAAGAAGAUCCUAGAUGACUGGGGUGAGACCUGCAAAGGCUGCGCCGAAAAAAUUCUGACUUCAUCCGGAAGAUCAAUGAACUGAUGCCCAAGUAAAAUAAAAAACGCUGCCCAUAAACGGACUGACCUCU